ACAUUUUUAGUGACUGUGACAAAACCUCAUCAUAUUCUAACCCUGUAACUUAAACAAGAGAGAAGAAGGAAUAGAACGUGCGCGAAGCAAACAUGGAUCUUCUGUGCAACGCUUAUUCGAAUGCCUCAGACGACGAAGAAGAAGAACAACCAAAACGACAGAGAGUAUCACUCUCUUCCCCUAACCCGCCAAAACGACACCUUCCUUUGUCUUCUCCUCCUUCAUUCAACAACCAAACACAAGCUCCCAUGCUCGGAAGAUACAUUUCCAAACGACAGCGCGCAUUGAUGGGCUCCACCCCUGCCCCUCUUCCUGAACCGGUUCCUGUUCCGUCUCCGUUCACGCUAUCUGGGAGUAUCUUGGAUGCUGAUAUACACCAUAAUAUUUUAUCAUUGUUGAAAAGUAAAGCAAAGGGUCAUCAAAGCCCAAACCUGAUAUCUGAAAAGCUAUCUGCGACUCUAUACGGGCAUACAAAAGCUGUCAAUGCUAUACAUUGGUCAUCAAGUCAUGCUCACCUCCUUGCAUCUGCUGGGAUGGAUCAUGCGGUUUGCAUAUGGAAUGUAUGGAGCAGAAAUCAGAAGAAAGCAUGUGUGCUAAACUUCCACAAUGCAGCAGUCAAAGAUGUGAAAUGGUCUCAGCAAGGGCACUUCCUACUUUCUUGUGGGUAUGAUUGCACGUCUAGGUUAAUUGAUGUUGAAAAGGGAUUGGAGACUCAGGUUUUCAGAGAAGAUCAAAUUGUUGGAGUUAUAAAGUUCCAUCCAGACAAUUCAAAUCUCUUCCUUUCUGGAGGGUCAAAGGGCCAGAUCAAACUUUGGGAUGCCAGAACUGGCAAAGUAGUGCACAAUUAUAAUCGAAAUUUAGGUCCAAUUCUGGAUGUUGAGUUCACAAUGAAUGGGAAGCAAUUCAUUUCUUCUAGUGAUGUAUCUCAAAGUAAUGCCAGCGAGAAUGCUAUUAUUGUUUGGGAUGUGUCAAGAGAGAUACCAUUGUCUAAUCAGGUUUAUGUGGAAGCUUAUACAUGUCCCUGUGUGAGGCGCCACCCAUUUGAUUCAACUUUUGUUGCCCAAUCAAAUGGGAAUUAUGUUGCAAUCUUUACUACCAACCCACCUUACAGACUCAACAAAUGUAAGCGAUAUGAGGGACAUGUGGUCUCUGGGUUCCCAGUCAAGUGCAAUUUCAGCUUGGAUGGGAAAAAACUCGCUUCUGGCUCUUCAGAUGGUUCUAUCUACCUUUAUGAUUAUCAGUCAUCCAAAGUUGUGAAGAAAAUCAAGGCCCAUGACCAGGCAUGCAUAGAUGUUGCCUUCCACCCUGUUAUACCUAAUGUUAUUGCUUCAUGCUCAUGGGAUGGAAGUAUUUUGGUAUUUGAGUAGUCAGUCUUUAAUUUUCUCAAAGGGAAAGCAUUUGGUUACUACUAGAAAAUGACUUGCUAGGAGAGUGGAAAACUCUAGCCUUCUCUUAGUCUAGGCAGCUGUUUCUAGUUUGUUAGAUACCGUGUGAAUUAUGAAACCUUCUCCACAAGUCAAUGUUUGCUUAAAUGUGUACCCUUUUACUGUUGUACUGUGGAUUUAAUGUUUGUUCACUCAUAUUACAACUAUAGUGAAUCAUGGUGUGAAUUGUUUAAAAAGCAGUUUAAAGUAUUUACCAGAAGUGAGAAAUCUUGGUAACUAUGAUU